AGUGCUCUCAGGGUAGUGGCAGAGGCCUGCAUAUUUAUAACAUCACUAAAAUCUAAAACCGACCGUAAUGUACAUUGUACCAGCUCCUUCCUGGCCUCAAAAGAAAAACAAGCCUUAUGCCGGUAACAAAAUCCUAUUUUCAGCUUGAGCUUCCUUAUCAGGUUCUCUGCAUGCACAGUGAAGCUCAGUUUAUCAUCAACCCAAACACCCAAAUAUUUGUACACUUUAACUUGCUCUAUAGUACGUCCAGCCAAUGUAGUAAUGACAUGAUUUGUAACAUGCCUGGCAUUUAUGUCCAACAAUCCAGAACUUGGUGGGGUCAAAUAUAACCACCUGUGCGCCAAAUUCGUCCUGGGAGCUACCAGUUGGGGAAUCCUGUUUUACACUAUACACUUGUCCACUAACUAAUAAGACAGUCUUUCAAGGUUAAAAUUCACUGGGUGACAUUCCAUCGCACAACAUGCCAUUGUGCUCACAAACUGUAGCAGUUACAUUCUGGCAACUUCAAUGUCACAAACAUUUCUCAGUAUAUCCACCCACCCAUUUCCCAGAGCACCCCAUUCCUUGGUCUCUUUUUUAAUUUUGUUUAGCUAAUUUCUCCUCUCUAAAUUAUUUGAGCUUCUCUUGAAUGGGUGAUGAUAGACAGCUGUCUCCCUCUCUCCCACAGGUGCCUCAGAAUGCAGAGGAGGAGGUGGAGGUGAAGGCUCAGAGAGAGCCCAACCCUGAGAGGACACCCAGCGGCCGGGUCAAACGCAUGUCAGCCCAGGUGGCCUUUUUCCACCUACAGGAGAUUGCUAAUGACGAGCUGGCCAAGGAGUGGCCCAAGAGGAAGGUCAUCGGAGACCUUGUCCCAGACGAUAAGAAGCUGAGAUAUGCCCGGCCAGGGCUGCCUGCCUUCAGUCAGGAGGUCCUUCGGAAGUGGAAAAACGAAGUGAAGCUGCAAAAAAAAGUUCAGUGCCCAAACCUGGGCUGCGGCUCGGUCUACACCAGUGUGUCUGGACUGAAGGCUCACCUUGGGCUCUGUGGAAGGGGGGACUUUGAAGCAGGGAAAUACAAAUGCCUAAUCUGUAAGAAAGAGUUCAACUCCGAGAGUGGGGUGAAGUACCACAUAAAUUCUGUCCACUCCCAGGACUGGUUUGUGGUGACCUCAAAAUCCAAGAACUUUGAUAAGGUCCUGAAGACCAAGCCCAAGGUGGACAGCACUGUGAAUGACCCCACUGACCAGCUCCAGCAGCAGACCCUCCAUGUCUUCACCCCCAUCCUAGAGCCCUGGCAGGACAUGCAGAUGGGACCCCCACCAGCGGUGCCCGAGUCAGCCUUGCAGGUCAACCCUGAGGCAGCAGAGGGGAAGAGGAGGGGGAAGGGGAGAGGGAAGGAGAAGGACUGCUAUGACUUCACUGGCAGUGAUCAUUCCAGCAGUAGCAGCAGUGGCAGCUCCAGCAGCGGAUCAGAGACCGAGGAGCCUGAGGGCCAGAGACACAACGUUGACCAAUGGGCACUGCAGAGACCCAGUAUCAUCGAGACCCACCCUGAAGCCGCCAAGCGACCCAGAAGCAACCUCUAGUUCGGUUUGAUCACCUGACUUCAGAUCAGGGGUCCGUUCAGGAGGGUGCAACGUUACAGAACGUUCAAAUAGAAAUGCAUUCUGCAUUGGUCCUGGGAUGUGUAGUCUGUGUUUCAACUGUAACUAUGAGAUCAUCUUAGCCAACUUUUAAUGUGUCUUAUUAUUUUAAAAAGAUUUAUGACUUUUUUUGUUUUCUGACAUGUUUACUUAGACUUUUUUUUACCCCCUAUUAUCGGUAGACUUGUGUUCCUCUACAGAUUGUGCCUAGUGUAUGGAUUUAUUAUUUCAUACAACUCCUCAUUAUAACUGAACUGUUAUCAGACCUCUUUUUACAAUGGAUAUUUAACCAUAGCAUGUGGUGUUAAUGUAGCCUGCAUUCUAUAUCAUGGAUUGUGAAAUGUUACCGCAGGAUGAAUUUGAAAUACGGUGGUUG